AUGGUCACCCUGGCUCCGUGUCUUGACCUGGGCAUGUGUGUCCGAGCAGAAAGUGAGCAGAAUGGCUGUGAUCUAGUCCCAGCUUCCCUGUGGAGACCGUGGCUCGUGACCAGAAAGGAUGCACAAAUUGAAUGCAGGAGAACCAAGCUGGCUUGUCCUUACUCCAGGCCAGAAGUGCCCAGUAACACUACAACAGAUGGCAAAAUGCAGUCUUUCCAGCACCCUGUCAGGCUGUAUUGGCCCAGAUCGAAGUCAUACGACUACCUCUUCAGUGAUGGCGAGGCCCUGCUCAGAAAUUUCCCAGCGCAGGCCACCAUAAACUUCUACGAUGAGUCAGACAGCGAGGAAGAGGAGGACAGCUGUGACGAAGACGACGACAGCGAGGCUGAGGAGUGUCUUAAACUUAACAGACCUAACUUCACCAGUUACAACUGAAUGUUCAACCUCAUCCGU